AUGAGGUGGGCAACAAUUGAUGAAGAUGGCAACAGGAAAUUUGUCGAAGCGUCAGAGAAUUGUGAAGGAGCUAAUGAUGCUGAAAGAGAAAUUUACGAAAAGCCAAAAUUGUUAUGUGGGAACAUGUUGAAUACUCUUCCUGACGCUGAUGCAGCUGCUGAUACGAUUUUAUUAAAAAAAUUAAUUUCUCUACACCGUUCGACAAGAGCAGUAAGCGAGAAGUCGCAACCGCAUUUAAUUAUACGUCACAUUAGAGACUCGAAAGUUGACAAAACUGUAUUCAAUAAUGUUGCAUAUGAAGAAUUAUAA